CCGCGAGCAAACGCACCACGUGUUCCUCCACAUGUGUACGGCAUGGCGAACUUGUCGCAGGAGGACGGAGCUCCGAAACCCGCCACAAACUCCGCGGAUGUGUCGACGAUAGCGCAAACAUCCAGUGGAAAUGUCGCGGACACACCUGGUGGAUUCGUCGCGCCGGUUCCGUGUCUCAUCCCAUCGUUCGCGGACGCGGUAAAGUUGUUGAAAGAGCGGUACUCGUGUUUGGUGCUGGAAAAGCACCGCAGACACAUCUCACUGCCGCCGGUACAUCUGCGGAAAAAACGCACGGGUAUACAGGAGGAACUCAACUCUGAGCUGCUCAAAUACUCCAGCAGUCUGAAAGGUGUUCCUGUGGCAUAUGACAGCAUUAAAGUCGUAGGACAGCAUGGAGAUAUUUAUGACGAUGCAGGAUUCAUUCAUCUCAACAUCGAGGCGUCAUUUGUGGUCUUCAAACCUAAGAGAGGAUUAAAGCUUGUGGGUGUGAUUAAUAAAAUAGGAGUGGGUCACGUGGGCUGUCUGGUUCACGGCUGCUUUAACGCGUCGGUGGUGAAGCCCUUUCUACUGACCUCAGAGCAGUGGAGAGACUCGGGACUGUGUGUCGGACAGAACCUGGAGUUUGAGGUGUUUCAGCUGGAUGCCGACGCUGUGGGUGUUCUGCUCAUCAGAGGACGGCUGGAGAAGUCCAGAGUGCAAGAGCUCGUGGAGCAAUUUGAACAAAAGGAAUCGACUGUAGAAUCCACCGCAGAACUAGAAUCCACAGAAGACACGAUCGACAGUCCAAAACCCAAGAAGAAAAAGAAGAAAGACAAGCGUGAAGCGGAGUCUGCAGCCGACGAGUCUCUGAACGACAGCAGCCUGGAGCAAACGUCAGAAUACCACCAAACCGCCGACGACACAACAGAGAUAGACUCCAACGCAAACGGACAUCACAAAGAGAAGAAGAAGAAGAAAAAAGACAAACGACAGGAGGCAGAUGAGAUCACGCCCUGUGACCUCCCGACGAGUGACUCCAGUGGGUACGUCAGCGAUAAAAUCAGCAGAAAGAGAGCGGCCGAGAGCGACGACGGGCUGCAGGACGCACCUGCCACCAAAAAGAAGAAAAAGAGCAAGUGAUUUUGCUCACAGACCCUUUCAUGAACUAUAAACGAUGAGCUGUGUGUGACUGAGAUACUUUAUGUGUGAUUUAUAUUUACAGAAUAUAAUAAUAAAUGUUU